GUUGUGUAAAACAAGCAAAAUGGAAACACAAUAAAGUUAUGUUCUGUACAAAACUAGACUUUUCUUUUACCAAAAAAACCUAGACCUUUCGUUAUUUUUUUUUUAAUUUUUUUUGAAAAAACCUUUCGUUAUUUUUGUAAGUGAAUUUAAAAAUAUUAUUAAAUAAAAAUUAAGUAAUAACAUUAUGCAUGAUAUUUUAAUUCAUUACAUAUAUCAUUAUAACUAAUAAUUAUGAAAGCCAAAAGUACAAAAUUAAUUUUUGAAUAAUAUUAUAGAGAUACUUUUACUUUACAUAAUAUUAUAGAGAUGCUCGGCUCUAAUUAUUGUUUAGUCUUGUAACUAUAACAUAUUAUGGCCCAGUCUUGGGGUCAACCUCGGCAAUUAGAAGAAGUCCGUUUCAAAACCUCAACAAUCUAUCAAAUUGGCUACUAAGCUAGAAAUGUCCUAUUUAAUUCGCAAUUAGUGUAAAUCGAACGAUGAUUCAUAUAGCAUGUGUGAGGUAUUUGACUAGGGGAAGCAAAUCAAUCAAAUCAAAUAUUUUAGCCGAAAGUAAACAAGCCAGAUAUUAUUGGCUAGCGAGCCGCAAGUGGAUGAAAUAUAAUUUGCAAAACUUUAGUUUAUAGUUUAGAGUGGUGGAAUGAAAUACAACAUUACAACCAACAGAAAAAAAUGAAAAGUAUGAAUCAGAAGACGAUAAUAACUCGAUAAGUGAUGUACGUACGUCGAACCAGUUUUAGAUUCUUGAAGAUAACAAGACACGAAUAAGGCAGUUGUAAUGGUUUCAUUUCAGCGACUAUAAAUAUAGAAGAUAGAAAUGUAGGAUUUAUACGAAGAAACAAAAAACAAGCUUUUGUUGAGACUUGAGAUCAAAGAUCAUGUCUUUAAGUCCGAGAGAUCCUCUUGUGCUUGCAAGAGUUGUGGGUGAUGUUGUUGAUCCUUUCAUGAGAUUGAUCUCUCUUAGGGUUAAUUAUGGCCAGAGACAGGUUACUAAUGGUUUGGAUCUAAGGACUUCUCAAGUUCUAAAUAAACCAACGGUCGAGAUCGGAGGAGAUGACCUCAGAAAUUUCUACACUUUGGUUAUGGUGGAUCCAGAUGUGCCAAGUCCAAGCAACCCUCACCUCCGAGAAUAUCUCCAUUGGUUGGUGACUGAUAUACCUGCCACAACUGGAACCGCUUUUGGCAAUGAGUUGGUGCACUAUGAGAACCCAUGUCCCACUUCCGGAAUUCACCGAGUAGCAUUGAUGUUAUUCUGGCAACUCGGAAGACAAACUGUUUAUGCACCUGAGUGGCGCCAACGCUUCAACACUCGUGAGUUCGCUGAGAACUACAAUCUCGGUCUACCCGUGGCUGCCGUUUUCUUCAACUGCCAGAGAGAGAAUGGCUGUGGAGGAAGAAGAACAUAGAUAUCCAUGCCUCCCUCCUCUUAAGUUAAUCCAUUUGUGUACUGUAUAACCUUAUUUUUAAGCAUCUAGAUCAGGUUGUUGGAAUAAGAAUAUGAUGAUAUAACUAAACAGAAGGCAGUGUUUCAAAAAAAAAAAAAAAACUAAACAGAAGGUGAUGCAUGCUGACAUCUAUGUAAGGUAUUUUAUAUGUAAUAAUUGAGAGAGGGAGGAAUGAAAAUGAAUGUGUUCUACUUGUAUGGUGUGAAAUGUGACUUUUUAUUUCAUUCUACAAACUCUAUAUCAGCGUGGCAUCUGGGACAAUUCUUAAUACUUAACUUUCAGGAAAGAAUGACUAUAGAAGCUGGCUAUGGCAUUUGGAAAGGGAAAAGAAUAAUGCUUUUCCUAAACAUAGAAAAAGUUGAAAGAAAAUAAUUAUUCUUUUUGGUGCAAAACAUAUCCAAACUACUCUUUGCAUCAAAAUAUAUAAAGCCACUUUUCUACAAACAAUACCAAUGUAAUUUACUAGGGAAACGCGGGUGGUGACUCAAAACUUGAACAAGUAAAUAUGAACAAAUUCCAACUAAUUCAUAGUAUUUGUUUAAAAUUGUUGUGGUGAAUUUAUUUACCUUUGUCGAUUUAAUUUUUUUGAUGGCAUGACAUGAAUAGCAUCACAGGUUUCUUUUUCACCAGUUGAACUAAAGUUGAUAAUAUAGGUGUUAUUCCAAAGUACAGAUGCAAAUCAAUCACACGUACUUUUAUAAAUCUUACUUGAUUUAUAAACCUUUAUAAAAAGUUACAAGACAAUUAUAUUUCUUCUUCUCACAACUUAACCGAUUGUGGUUUGAGAGGCUUGCCUAAGUAAUUUUCUAAGACAGAAUUUCGCUCCUACAAUGGUGUGUGUAGUUUCGUAGGCGUUUAUCUUUAGGAUACAACUAUCGAUCUCCGUACAACACACCCGUAUCGAGACCUUAACAAACUUUACUUUGAGUUUUCCUUAAGAAACUUGUUAUUGGAAAGAAGAAGAUUAAAUCCAAUUGAUUCUCACUAAUCUUCUCUCUUCUCUCAUUUUUCUCUUUCACUUUAUAUAAUGACUCAAGUGGUGCUUUUAAUCAACGCAUACGUUAAUUCAAGCGGUGCCUUUUAAUAUACGCACAUGUUGACUCAUAACCGACAUGUUUUGUCUGAAACGUUGCUUCCUUUAAUUAAUUAAAGUCCAACAAUACCCCAUAUUUUCUAUUCAAACUCAACAAUACCCCACAUUUGAAUAGAAAAUAAGUUCAAAUAUUUCUGAGAAAGUAGAAUCAGUAUGCAUUGUCUUUUGGACUUGAACCUUUCCUAGUAACAACUUAUCGGAUUUACUUUGUGGGUAAUGAACUAUAGUCUUGAAUUAACCACAUUUUAUAGUAAACCUAGACAAAGUGAAACACAUAUCUCAUCAGCUCAUUUCUAGUUUAUACGGUUGUGUUCAUUUUGGUCCUGAACAUAUCCUAACUUCGUGAGAGCUCUAGAGAAUUUAGCCAAAUCAAUUCUCAUAGGUGCGACCCGACACCACUCCCAUAUAGGUAACGUUAGUUAAAGAUAGUCCAUUCUAUCUCUCUUCUACAAAAGAUACUAACAUUAUUAAGAAUAAAUUAUUCAACCCUUAAUCAUCAAUGGAUAUACAUUAUUAUUUCAUAGGAAUGAGAAAUGUGUAAAACGUCUUGAGUCUUCCUCAACUAGUUUGCCUAUUGAACCUAGACCAUGGGAUCUCCAAUGUUGCUAGGUUAGGUUUCCAUCAACUGAUGACUCAUUAUGCUGGCUUAAGACCCAUUCCCCUCGAAAUGAAAAUAACUUGCUUUUUAGAUAGGCCUUUUAGUCAAAGGAUCAGCCAAAUUAUCCUUGAUCUAAUGUAAUACAAUACUAUCACCUCAUUGGAAAGAAAUUGUCAUGCAUGUCUACGUCUUGACGUGCCAUUGUAAUUUGUUUUCCCAUAAUAAGAUUGAGUAAGUGAAUAACGUACCAUUGGACUCUUGUUUCACUCUAAUUCAAAGAAUUAAAGCAGUCAACGGGAGAUUAGGGAACAAGGAUCCGUUGCAUUUGGUUGUGUUAACCAAAAAAAUUAUUAGUCACAACGGGAGGGAAUGAUGUGCCCUUGGGUAGCGCACCGGCAAAACAGACAUGCUUAGCUUGAUCAUGGGAAGCAGUAAUGAUAUAUUUUCAUUGUUUGACUCAUAUCAUCCAAACCACAAGGCUUCUACGCAUGAAAUCACUUGGAGAAUGUGCUCAACUCAAUUACAGAGCUCUUCGAACAAGAAUCAGAUCAAAUGGAGUUCAGAUGAAGGAGUUAUGCAAUUUACAAAUCAGGAAAUCUUCAGUUCUCGCGAAUUCAACUGGUUCGGAUGAACCUGGACAUGUAGCCGAAGGGUCACCUUGACCAUUCUUCAUCCAUUUUCGUGCCUUUGAUUCAUUUAUGAUUUUCUAGUCAAAGAUUUCAUUUUAUAUGAAUUGUUUUCAUACAAUUUCCUUUAUUCUCUUUGACUACAAAGUAGUAUAAAUAUGUAAACUCUUAUAUGAAUAAAAUCAGUCUAAGUUUGAGUUUAUUUUUGUUUUCUUCUUUUCUUUGAGUGAGAGAGAGAGUUCUUUAGCUAGUUCAUUGGUGUGAACCAGCUUGUUGAUAUGGUGGUCAGCCAAUUCAUCUUUCUGUGUUGUUUGGUGGUUAGCCAACGAACUACAUUCUUUCUUAGGUGGUUAGUCUUAGAUCGUGGGUAUAUCAAGAGUCAUUCCGCAUCUCUUGACGAUCCUUUCAAUCCAUCUCAGUUCUAGAAGUGUCAUUUGCCUUCUCGGAUCAUAUCCAACACUCAGCUAAAGUGAUCCUUCAAUUUAGGGCGAAUCAGUACCGACCAAAAAAGAAAAUCUCUUUUGCAGCGACUGGUGUAUUUUCCGUGAUCAUAACUGUUAUGUUGAACCAUUGCCGUUGUCGCUGACGUUUAUUAAACGAACAUGCCUAAUAUGAACAUUUGCGGGUGACAUUAUGUCUAUAUGUACAUCUACAUUUGUCCCUAAAACGUAUAGGAUAAACCAAUGGGACGGGAAGCAUGAACAUUUCAUAGUGUAUAUACCUUUAACGGGUUUGGCGCCUUUGAGAAUGUUUACACCGGCGUACUUGCAGGCUUUGCAGAAGACCACACCUCGCACGGCCACUAGUGUCCUGUUGAACUUAGGAGGUGAAACCGGUGGGAGAACCGGAGGCUUGAUCGGAGCUAUGGCAGGUGGGAGAGUUGGUACCUUGGUCGGAGCUUUGGCUGGUGGAAGAGUUGGUAUCUUGAUAGGAGCUUUGGCCGGUGGGAGAGUGGGCAAUGGUGUUAUUAGUUUCAUUGGAGGUUGAGCUGUAGUGCUGAAAACAGAGGAAAUGAAGUAGCAAAGUGCUAUGAGAGUUAGCAAAACUGUAGCGACCAUGUUCCGAAGAUCGCUGUUAGGAUGAUCUGAGGACUGACUGGCCGGACUGUGAGAACGUACUAAAUGGAUUGGAUGAUGCUAGAAAGAGCUGAUCAGAGUUGAGGGACUUUCCGUGGGUGGAUGGGAGAACUUGGAUCGGCGCCUGAUUAGUAGCGACUAGAACGGAACCAUGUACCCGAUUAAAGCUAGGAACGGAUCUGUUUUUGAGCCAGACAAAGCUCCAUCAGUCGGUCUUACGCUCGGGUUAUUGGACAGGCCAUUCGGUUUGUGGAACUCAGGAUGUUUGGACAACUCGACUAAAAUCCAGGCAAAGCGAAAUUUUCGGACAGCGAUGGUCGGAUCCGGACAAGUGUUGUUGGAUUCGGACAAGACGGUUGAACUGGUCGGCUGGACAGCGACUGUCGGAAAUCAGACAAAACGGUUAAGACUGUUGACUGAGCUGGAAUGAGCUAUUACAGUAGAAACGGUCUGAUUCGGACAAGGCGGUUAGAGUUGUCGAAUGGAUCAGUCAGCUCUAGCUCGAGUUUCGCCUAAGUAAAACUGGCGGGAACAGUUAAAGUCCGAAAAGAGGAAAAACUCGCGCUAAAACGCCUUGGAGCGCGGGGUGGCGGUUACGGAUUAAGAGCCGCGUGUAAAAUAAGCGGAAACGGUUAACUUGGCAGUUUCUCGGGCCUAAACCGCCCAACUGCCCAUUUUAAUCGUCUCCUUUGUCUUAUUCCGCCAUUUUCUGUACGGAAACGGGAAGAAAGAACCAGAGAGAAACUCAGAGAGAGAAAAGUCUGAUUAAGAGAGAGCUUUCGCUAUUUGGCUGGAUUGAUCAAGUCCGAGUCAAGAACGAUUGUCUGUGGGGUGAAUCCGACUGUCUGAACGUUCGAAGAUCCGAUGGAAACCGCUCAAGAGGUGUCAGAAGAGACCGAAUCAAACAGAAUAAACCGACUCUAAGACAAAGGUGAGUGCGUGACCGUGGCCUAUCGUACUGAAUCGUAGUCUGAUUGAUAUGAAUGUUAUAUGUACUGAUUGCUUGUCUAAUUCGAAUUAUCUGCUAAGUUCUGGCUUGGUCCGAACAGUCGGUUCCUUCUAUCGACGCAUCUGGAUCAGAUCAUGCGCCUAGAGCCGUAUUGGCCUGCUAGGGCUUGACUGAAUCUGAUGGCGCACUGGCUUGGAACGAUUGGGUCGGCUAAGUAACUGACUGAUGAUACGCAUGUCCGUUUAUUGACUGAUUGACUCGAUUGCUUUACUUGGCUGAGUGGGACGGAAUGACCGCUCUCACUAAGCAUACUGUUUGCUUAUGCCUCCUUGUUUGGAUGCAGAUCAAGACCAGACCCGAAUGGGUAAAGACAUAGCUUGAACGCGAGACAAAGGCAGGAAGGAAGGAUGGUGGGUUUGGAUAGAUAUAAGACGAGUUUAACAUGUAAUAGCCUAUAGCAAACUGACUUGUUAACUCGAACCUCAGAUUAUCUAUUCAAAUCAUAUUAUGUUUUACUUGACUGUCUGAAAAAGAACUAACACUCUGAAAUAAUUCUAAGUAAGGAAAAAUAUGAAAACGGCCCAAAUCUGAUCGAGGAAGUCGAGCCAGACUCGUACUAAUGUUACGAAAAAAUGGGUCGGGUCCUUUCAAAAACAAUCUUACCAAUGAAACCCCUCUUUAUCGAGAUACUCUUAAGUUCAGUGAGCUUAUUUUUCGUGCACUAUGAGAGAAAAUGAUAGAUUAAUGUAAGAGAUAAAAGCGUACAUUAAGAAGGGAAACAACUACCCACACCCUUCUUUUGUCUUUACAUGUUGUUUUCUUCGAUCCUUUCAUGGCAUAAUUUCAAACUGUUUAUCUUUUAUCUAAUUUUUGGUUAGCUAAUUUUUUUUCUAUAUUUACUCUCUCUUUCUCUCAUUCUUUAUUCUUAAUCGUUCUAUCUCUUCAUCAUUUUUCUGGCUGUUGAUUGCAUCAACAAAAGUCCAUAUUUUUUGCCCGCACGGGACCGAACACUAGUAAUAUAUUACAAGGCCUAUGUGGUUCCAAUCCAUCAUCAUUCAUCAAACAAAAGAUAUGCUUUCCCUCUUGUAUAACCGCUGUACCCUUCAUAAAGGAUGAAGGGAUGUGUAGUGAAAUUACAACACGUUUUUUCGGUAUUAUAUUCUCUUGAUGAAUUAACUUUGAUGAAUGAUGAUGGAUUGGAACCACAUAGGCCUUGUGAUUCUGAACCGAUCCGAACAUUGGUAUUCUGUUCGGUUAGGAGCUCUGAUAUAGUUGGUAAAUUUAUAAAGACAAUUUGGUCAGUAUGGUUAUUGGUUAGUUUGGUUUUCUAGUCAAAAAGUUCUAACCAAAAUGAUACUGAUUCAAUUUAAACCACAUCAGAAUCAUAUCAAAUUUUUAAACGGUAAAAACAAAAUUACCUGAAUUUUUAACCAUAUUAAACUAAAAUUUAAUACAAAUGGCUAUGAAAAAUAAAAUGAUGUGUAGAUGAAGAUGAAGCUACAAAAGUUUAAUGCUAUUCUUGAAAAAAAAUUAUAACGUUCAGGAUUGUUUGACCCAAAAACGAUGUUUAUGCUGGUGAUGUUUGUUGGAAUCAUACAAUAAAGAAUCUAAGGAUAAGGGUUAGAUUCUUGAGGUUUAGAGAAAAUCUUCAUAGAAUCAAAUGAGAAAAAGAACAUCCAAAAGACUUUAUUGAUCAAAGAUUGCAUUACAAGAAUGAUUUCUAGUGUAAAGUGAAUCAAAAAAUGUGUAAAAUCUUUAUAGGAUGUGUUCUGGGUCUAAAUGAAAAAGAGAGGAUAUUUUCUAAGAAGGAGGUAGCUCCUCAUUUAUAGAAAAAUGUGUCUAGGGUUUCCUAACAAAAUGGGCAUAAUUCAUUGUCUUAAUGGGCCUUGACGGAGGAUGUAAAUUCACCCCCAACAGUAAGCCCCCCCUCCCAAGUUCGUAGAGAGAGAUGAAACCGAUCUCUGCGAAUUUUACGAAUAGGGUUUAUGAGACAAUGAACUAGGCACAUACCCAUGUCGCAGACGAUUGUCAUGAAUGGACCGUCAUGGUUAGGUUGUCGUAGAUGAAGUGUCAUAGAUGGACCGUCUCGGGCGAGCUGUCAUCGACAUACUUCUGAUUCCGAUCAAACUUCUUACUCCGGGAUGGUUGCGCGAACAAUCUUUGAGGACAUUGUUCUGAACCACCGGAGCAAGUUGCCAUGAAUGAAGCGUCAAUCGACAAAC